UGUUGUGUGUUAAAAAGUUCUCGUUCAUUGUGUUAUGUUUUCUUUUUAUAGUUUACAAUAAUUAAUAAUCUCGAUAUAUUCUGUUUAUCAUGAUCGGUAGUAAAGAAGGAGGCAGAUGUAUUGAAUUUGGAAUUUUCGUUUUAUGACAGCCUGUGUCCAGUGAAACGAACACCCCUUUAUCUGUACGUCUGGGAUCACGGAUGCAGCAGCUCUCCACAAGGCUGAUUCAAAGUCAAUCACCAGACGUUGUACCCUCGGAUGAACUGGAUGAUCGCAAACAAGGCAUCCGUUAGCAGCCAUAUUUUUUAGCGGAUGACACUGGUGAACGAUGCUGCAUGCUCAUUGUGAGGGCUGUGUUUCCAGACACUGCAAUGUGAGGGGAAAUGGAGUGGACAGCUGUCCUGUUGUUCCUUGUGAACAAGGCUGUUCCGCUAGGUACCACCAGUGCCUCCAGAGUGAACACACACUGCUGUGUCCUGAAGAGCGGGUGAGCUGCAUCAACGCUGUCAAUGGCUGCCCUCUUAUUAUGGUGCGUCGCAAGCUGGCGAGUCAUCUGGAGGUGUGUCCAGCCAGCGUCCUGUGCUGCCCAACUGAGUGGAACCGCUGGCCCAUGCACUCCAAGGAGGAUGGCAAGAAAAUGCCAGUCCCAUCCUGUAGUCGAUACAUCAUGUGCGGCCAGCUGGAUGUCGCCUUGGCGAUGAGGGAUCAACGCAUGCUCAUCCAGACUCUGAAUGCUCCCAAGAAGACGAAGCGAAUAAUGAGGAAUUCCCUGACAACGCGUUACCCUGCCGCGCCCUUCAGUCACCGAGGUGCUUCGAUGGAGUCUGAUGUAUUGACGUCGGAGGAGAAUUCGAGGAAUGUUUCCGACGACGACUGCGAUGUGCCUUGGAAUCUGGGUCAGUACCCGCCGGGACUACAGAGGAGUGUUUGCAGUCGACUGAUCCGAGCGACGAAGCAGGCGACGGAGAGUUUGACGGUGACUCUGGACUUAGUUUCCAACCACUUGUCUGGUCAGGCUCCCUCGUGCAGCAAUUCAUCGCUGGAAGAGUUGUGUAAAGGGCCCGAUGGUGUUGAUGGUGUGGAUGAUAUGCAGGAGUCCGCAGGGUGUGCAGAUGGCAGUCUUCCCAUUGCUUGUGGGUUAUGUAAACCCCAGUCAAAGCACGUGCACUCUGUGCAGUGUAUGACCGGUUUCCAUAAUGGCAGUCUUCCACAAGCAGAGGUAGCAGAGCCAGAGGAACCGCAGGAGCUUGUUGACAAUCUGGAUUGCCUGGACAGUAAACCGAUUAACGAGGACACCAAGCUCCACGAACUGCUGGGUGUUGACAUCAACAUUGACUGUAUAACACGGUACCAGCCGAAACCGGCCGAGAUGUACACGUUUCUAUGUGCGCAGGAGUUCCGGCGAGACGAGUUCGCCUGGCACUACAAGAACGUGCACGUCGACCUACAGAGCUGCUUCAACGGCUGGAUGGAGCAGCGCUGUCCCCUCGCCCACCGUGGCUGCACCUUCUCCUUCCGCCGAUUCCAGCCGCGCUCCAACGGUGCUCACAUCACUCACAGCUACCUGAGCGAAAGCUUCGGCUUGGUUUUGAAUGAUCUCCCGCAGGUGAAAUGUUUGACAAAUAAAUCCGCGGAGCCCAAUGCUUGCUGUGAUACCCACAGAACAGACGAUACUGUGAUACCUCAGUCGGGCUUAUCGCCGAACGAUAUACGACACGCCCGCAGUGUAGAUGUAACAAAUUCAAACGUAAGCAGCUUAGUCUGUGACACUAUGGAAACCAGCUGUCUUUCAGAUGUCGCGUCCACGCCCUUGUCUUUCAAUGCCAGCGAUUAUGAUUACCACCACAAUGAUGAUGACGAUGUUGAUCUUGACAACGAUGGUGCUAAGGAUGUAGAAAUUGAUGUCUCCGGUUCAAGCGUUGUCUCACAACAGUCUCACACUUCGCUUGUUGCAGAGGAUAAUAAUAAUGUCAUUGUGUUUACGUCUCAGCGAGCCUACUCGCCAAUUCUUUUAUGUACAGUGCAAGAUUCUGCCUUGACAGAUGUUAAUUCAGAUCUCUUUAUGAAGCUUCCGUUUGAAGUGUUGCGUCACGUGGCCCGCCACCUCGACUCGUUCAGUCUGCGCAAUCUGGCUCUGACCAGUCGCCUGCUGCGUGACGUCUGCUGCAGCCUGCUCAACGAGCGCGGUAUCGUCACCACCACGUGGAGGAAGACCGUCAUCGGCCUGAAAGUCUCAUGGCAGCCGGCCGGCAGGGUGUGGCAGUUCAGCACGUCAUUCUCUCCGGUUGAACAGUGGCACUUCAGUGGAGACAACCCAGUGAGUGAACACCUCAAGGUGUGUCCGUUCAACCAGGAGCUGAACGUUCACGCGGAACCGUUCCAGGUGGGCCCGCCGUUCAUUGCAGAGAGCGACAACAAGCUGAAGGACCUCCUGGCCCAGAGACAGCGCGACUCCGUCAGCAUGAGGCUGCGCGAACUCGGCAACCUGCAGGCCUGUCACAUGAUGAACAACUGUUAAUCCAGCCUCGUUACGUUACCAUGGAAACAGUCGUAUUUAUUAGUGAUAACUAGAGGUAGUAAUCCAUAACAUAUUGGCUAGAGGGCGUUGUACAGGCCUGUCACAUGAUGAGACAUCUGUUAGUCCAGCCUUGUUACGUUACCAUGGAAACAGUCGUAUUAGUGAUAACUAGAGGUAGUAAUCCAUAACAUAUUGGCUGGAGGGUAUUGUACAGGCCUGUCACAUGAUGAGAUAUCUGUUAGUCCAGCCUUGUUACGUUACCAUGGAAACAGUCGUAUUAGUGAUAACUAGAGGUAGUAAUCCAUGAGCUUGUGGCUGGAGGGUAUUGUACAGGCCUGUCACAUGAUGAGAUAUCUGUUAGUCCAGUCUUGUUAUGUUUCUAUGGAAACUUGUAUUUAUUAGUGAUAACUAGAGGUAGUAAUCCAUAACAUAAUGGCUAGAGGGCGUUGUACAGGCCUGUCACAUGAUGACACCACUGUUAGUCCAGCCUUGUUACGUUACCAUGGAAACUAAUCCAUAACCUCAUGGUUAGAGGGCAUUUUGCAGGCCUGCCACAUGAUAAGACAACUGUUACCAUGGAAAUUUUUAUUUAUUAGUGGUAACUAAAGGUGCAAUCCAUCUAGAGAGUACUGUGCAGGCCUGUCACAUGGUGAACACCUACUGUUAAUUCAGCCUGUUAUGUUACCAUGGAAACUCAUAUUUAUUAGUGAUAAUGAUUGAGUGAUAACUAAGUUUAGUAAUCAGUAACCUCCUGGCUGGAAUGCCUGACACAUAAGACAACCGUUAAUUCAGCUGGGUUAAAUUGCCAUUGAAAACUCAUACAGGGCUAGCUCUGGCACUCACCAAAUUCGCCAAUUGCGAAUUUUGAAGGCAUUUGGCGAAUUUUAUUUUAAUUUGGCGAAAAAAUGCAUGUAAUAAUUUUUUUUAAAUUUUUGUGAAAAUAACUGUUGAUUUCUGCAAUUUUUCAAGUUUAAUAGACAAUUUGGUGAAAUAUUUUUCUCACCCAUAGCUAGCCCUGUCAUAUUUAUUAUUAAUAAUUAGGCCUGAUUUCUCUUCAGUGGUUCAGAUGUGAGAGGCUUCAAAUACUCUCGGAUAAACCCAGUUUUCAACGAGCUGUUGAUCGUGUGGAAAAUGACUUCACAUGGAACAACAUUCACUUCAAACUGAUUCUGAGCAGAUUGAAACUGAAUCGUUGACACAAAGUUCAACUGGUCCUCCCUGAAUCGUGAAUCAUGGUUUUAAACUUCAACAAGAAAUAGGGCUUAUGAAUAACUACAUGUAGUAGUCCAUCACUUUAUGACUAGUGGGCAUUGUGCAAGCCUGACAUAUGAAAGACAACUGUUAGUACAGACAACUGUUAAUACAGACAACUGUUAGUACAGACAACUGUUAAUACAGACUCGUGUUAGGAGGAUGAGCACUCACAGGUGCUCACUGGACUGGUUUUUGCACUUAAUAUGAAAUUAACCAGUCAAAUUCUUAUUGAGCGCUCGCCCUCAUUAGUAGGCUACAACUGAGUAAUCUUACCAUGGCAACUCGUGUUUAUAUAAUACAUAGUAACCCAUACCUCAUGGCUGGUGAACAAUAUAACCUGCAACAGUUUCAUGUUACCAGGUUGACUCAAAUUUAUUACUGAUAAUUGGUGAUACAUAUAUAUAGUAAUCCAUAACGUGACCAAUUUGCAAAGAAACUUGGAAAACCAGUCAUUAGAUUUAGCACCUCAAUGACUGGCUUUGAUAUGAUACCUCUCUAGUAAUCAGAGGGGAUUGGGGGUGGGGGUUGGGGGGGGGGGGGGGGGGGGGAACAUAUCCCAGUGGUAAAGAGCUAGCUUGAUGUGCAGCCAAUCUGGGGUCGAUCACUGUCGGUGGUGCCAUUGGGCUAUUUCUUGUUCCAUCCAGUGCACUACAACUGGUAUAUCAAAGACCAUGGUAUGUGCUAUCCUGUCUGGGAUUGUGCAUAUAAAAUAUCCUUUGCUACUAAUGGAAAUUUGUAUCAG